UGGAGUUACGGAGUUGGAGCUAACAGUUUCGUCCUCUUUCAUAAAACUAGAAAUGUGCACUAAUUUUACCGAUCUAGCAUUAAAAUCGAUCUGAUUUCCAGAUCUGUAACCGUACAAUCUCAAAACCUUGAAAACCAUUUCAUUAGAUCAUCAUAAAAAUGGGAGUAGUAAUAGAGAAUUCGAUAUGGGAACCGAAUCCGUCAUUAUAUGUAUUCAUACUCAUAUGCUGCUUCUCCUCUAUCAUUUUCUUUCCUCACGCCUCCAUCAAAAACAAAAACAAAUCUCAAUCUCCUUUUAGCCACGUCAUCUCUCCUUCUUUCCUUCGUUUCCAGAGCAAAUUCCUCUUUCUCUUCUCUCUCGCUUCAGUCAUGGAAGGGCUGUGGUCGGUGUUUGGUGAAUUCGAGCUGGUUUUGUAUGGAGUGAGUAAAGUGCAAACGGUGACGUAUCUCUGUGUUGGAUUUGGAGCUGCUCUUUUUCUUGGUACUCUCUUAGGGAUGCUCUCCGAUUUUAUAGGUCACAAGAAAGCUUGUCUGAUGUUUUGCAUUCUGCACCUCUUUGUUGGCAUAUGGAAGAGAAUCAUGUCGCAUCCUAGCAUCUGGUUAGGAAGUAUAUGCUUGUCCCUUGCCACCUCAAUAUUUUCUUUCAGCUUUGAAGCAUGGCUGGUUGCAGAAAAUAAAAAGCAAGGAUACGGACAAGAUACUUUGAGUGACACAUUUUGGUUGAUGACUUUCCUGGAGUCAGCGUCAUUAAUUGGAAGUCAGGUCCUUGGAAAUUGGCUAUUAGGUAGUAAUCCAGAAAAAGGAAUUAUGUCUUCUUACACUGCAGCCAGCUUUCUGGCAAUGAUUGGUAUCCUUUGUCUCAGCAAAGGAUGGAAAGAAACUACACAGAGUGAAGCAUCUCAAAAUUUUAGGGUAUCUUACACACAUAUCUUUACUGAUAAACGAAUGUGGCUACUUGGAUUUGCACACAGUUGCCUUCAGUUCUCAGUUGCGGUCUUCUGGAUCCUGUGGGCCCCAACUUUGGUGGCUGAUGGACGAGAAGUGCAUCUAGGGUUGGUUUAUCCAUGCUUUCUGGGUUCAAGAAUGCUUGGAAGCACAGUAUUUCCAUGGCUGUUGACUGGUUCAUCAUCACUUCGAACUGAGGAUUGCCUAGGAUACGCAUUCCUUGUAUUGGGAUUUGCCUCGUCAUUUGUGGCUUAUGAUUACCAGGAAAUUGGAGCUUUAGUAUCAGUGUUUUGUGUAUUUCAUGCUGGUGUUGGCCUUAUUAUACCUUCACUUGCAAGAUUGAGGACCAUGCAUGUGCCAAAUGAAUUGCGUGGAGGAAUGAUAAGCUUUUCUCUAGUUCCUGCAAAUGCUGCUAUCCUAUUUUUGCUGAUUCAAAGAGGAUAUUAUCAGAAAAUGGAGAAUUCAACUAUGAUGGCAUUUGCUGCUCUUGGGCUUUUCCUGGGAUCUGGUUGCAUGCAUUUAUUGAAGCGAUGGGGAAAGCAGCCGUACCAGAACUGGCACAAGUUGUAAAGUCAAGAACUCUAUUGUAUAUCAAGCUCACCACCAGGAACUGAUAAAUGUGGGUGUCCAUCAUCUACCUUAGACUUGUCAAGUGAGGUGAAAGAGAUAUUGUGCCCCCUCAAUACUUUACAAAGCAAGCAAAAAGGUCCAGGUGCACAUGUACUACCAGGAAGCAAAGGGGUCCCUCGAGUCAAGCUGAAAAUUUGGUGGAGAACAACACACUAGCUGAGAGCGAUUCAGAAAACAGUGGAGAAUCUUUAUUCAAUGGUCAUUCACCGAAAGUAUGUAGAGUGGAGUCUUCUUCCUUUUUUUUUUUUUUUUUUUUUUUAACAAUAGUGGAGUUUGAAACAUCUUGAAUUUAGUCAGGAAGAAUCACUUUUUUAUGGGUAGAAUUUUUCAUUUAUUAUUAUUAUUAUUAUUAUUAUUAUUAUGAGUUAAGUUUCUUAUCCGAGUGAUUGAGUUGAUUUCUUUACAAAUUGGUUCUAGGCUAGGCAGCUGGUCUUUGUCUAGGAUUUCCAUUACAAAUUUGCAUGGUAUGUUUUGUCAUGGCCAGGUCGCCACAUUUGGACGUAGUUGAAAAUAUUAUUGUGCAUCAAAAUAUGUUUGAUUUUUGACCAA